CCCUCGAGAGCAACUGCGAUCGCUUUGUCUGGUGCCACGCCGGUGGCAUGCUCCUGCUGUCUGAGAUUGGCGGCCGCACGACGGACUGGAGUGGUAGGGUCAUCGACUGGGCCGUAGGAAGGGAGCUGGGUCCGACGGUUGAGAUCUUCGCUGCGACGACGGGGUUCCAUACCACUGUUCUGGGGCGUGGAAACAUUGAGGUGCUGUCGGGUUUCUUUUGUGCGUUGGAUAGUCCGCGCGAGUGGUAGGGGGUAUCGCAGAAAGGGGGAAAGAUGUAUUCUUUACGCCUCGCAAAGAACCAAGCUCACCUGUUGUAAACUAGCUUUCUCUUCAUACCGAC